AUGAGUCGGUUAGUGCCAGUUGCGGUGUUGGUGCUGAGUGUCAUCAGUGGAGUUCGAUGUGGAUUUGGACUGGAUGUAUCGGCACCGACCGUUACGGCAAGCAUUGCCAGUGCUAUCGGGAGUGGAAUAAGUUCAGUGGUUAAGGCAAAUGCUUCGAUUAAAGUGGAAACGGGAGCUGACACCAGUGGAACCAUUGAGACACUUAUAACUAUUGCGAACAAUGUGACCAAUCCGAUGAACAGGUUGCUGGGAAGCAUUUUGGCAGGUGCCAGCAGCAGGGAUGUGAACAGUCAAGAACUCUUCAACAACAUUUCCACGUUGAUUACGAAUACAUCAACUUCAAUCAGUGCCGCAUCAUCAACUGCAAAGAAUCUCCAGAUGACUACCAAGUCCUACUUAUAUAAUCAAAUGAACAGAAAUUUGACUGCGCUCAACAAAGUGUUGAAAAAUCUUUCGAGUGGACUGGACAUUGUGAAAUCGCAAGUAGAAAUUGCGGCUAGUGCCGAGUAUCCGCCCACAAUUACCAACAUAACAGUCUACUUCAACAAAACCGUAGUGGCCAACCUGACAACUCCUCUGAAAGCCAUAAGAAAUCACCUCACCAGCGUUGCAUCUACUAUCAACAUUAUCGCAACCGAGCGAAGUCAGGCCAUAAACUAUCAGACGCAACUCAACGAAACCAUCAGCACUGCUAUUCGGAAUAUUGCGAGUGCGGCAGUCAACUUCAAUCGCACCGUACUGGAUGUCUACCUACGAAUCAGUCAGCAACAAGCCACUACCUUCAAGGCUAUUAAUCAAACGUACGCAUCGAUUGUUGUCCGCGCCGAAUCCUACGGUGGAGACAUCCGCAAUUUAACGCAAUUCCUAGCGGACAUGGCAACUGCCAACGCGAGUUUCACACAGUUUGUCGAUCUCAGCACCAACUACAGCAUGGAGCAGGUCUCUAAAGCGCUCGAAGAGCAAACCGCAAUGGUAACGGGAACGCUUGUCAACAUCGUUAAUAAUGUAACCGCCCAGUCCGUAACGAACUCAAGCGCCAAUACUGCGUCCUGCACGCAGAAAGCCGUACAGCAACUGCAGCAGAGCCCGGUGUCCAUGGGCCGGCUGGUCAGCUGCAUGCAAUCCGAAACGAACAGCUUCCGUACGACGACCCAAUUCGUUCAGGUACAGAUGGAGGGCGUAAAGAGUGCAGCCGCUUCGAUUGCUGUCCAGUUGUCCAGAAUAUGUCAACGGGACACCGGACCGUGCACCAGUUAUUUCUUUGCAGCACUGCCAGAUCAUUCGCAGAGGGUGCAGAACAAGAUCUCGGUUGUCGCCGGCGGAGUUAGCAACGAUGAGCAUAUUGUAACCGGGCGGAUCGUCGACUGUCUUACCGGAGUCGGCGAAGAUAUUGUGACGAAUGCCCAGAACAUUUUGAACAAGUUCACGAAAUGCUUGACAACGGUUCGGGCGGUUCCAGUUGUUUGA